ACGCCUCGGCGGACGCCGUCGGCUGCCCAGAGGCGGGAGGGAGGCAGUGGCGCUGAGGGGCUGGCGCAGCAGGGUCUGGUGUGCCCGGCCGCGGCCAUGGGGGGCUUGAAGGACGAGCUGCUCAAGGCCAUCUGGCACGCCUUCACUGCACUCGACCUGGACCGCAGCGGCAAGGUCUCCAAGUCGCAGCUCAAGGUCCUUUCCCAUAACCUGUGCACAGUGCUGAAGGUUCCACAUGACCCUGUUGCCCUUGAAGAACACUUCAGGGACGAUGAUGAGGGGCCUGUCUCCAAUCAGGGCUACAUGCCAUAUUUAAACAAGUUCAUUUUGGAAAAGGUCCAAGACAACUUUGACAAGAUUGAAUUCAAUAGGAUGUGUUGGACCCUGUGUGUCAAAAAAAACCUCACAAAGAAUCCACUGCUCAUUACAGAAGAUGAUGCGUUUAAAGUGUGGGUCAUUUUCAACUUUUUGUCCGAGGACAAGUAUCCAUUAAUUAUCGUGCCAGAAGAGAUUGAAUACCUGCUUAAGAAACUUACAGAAGCGAUGGGAGGAGGUUGGCAGCAAGAACAAUUUGAACAUUAUAAAAUCAACUUUGAUGACAGUAAAGAUGGCCUUUCUGCAUGGGAACUUGUUGAGCUAAUUGGAAACGGACAGUUUAGCAAAGGCAUGGAUCGUCAGACAGUGUCGAUGGCCAUUAAUGAAGUCUUUAAUGAGCUUAUAUUAGAUGUGUUGAAGCAGGGUUACAUGAUGAAGAAAGGCCAUAAACGGAAAAACUGGACUGAGCGCUGGUUUGUAUUAAAACCCAACAUUAUUUCUUAUUAUGUGAGUGAGGAUCUGAAAGAUAAGAAAGGAGAUAUCCUCUUGGAUGAAAACUGCUGUGUGGAGUCUCUGCCUGACAAAGAUGGAAAGAAGUGCCUUUUUCUAAUAAAAUGUUUCGAUAAGACCUUUGAAAUAAGUGCUUCGGAUAAGAAGAAGAAACAGGAGUGGAUUCAGGCCAUUCAUUCAACCAUCCAUCUGUUGAAGCUGGGCAGCCCUCCACCUCACAAGGAAGCCCGCCAGCGUCGGAAAGAACUGCGAAAGAAGCUGCUGGCAGAGCAGGAGGAGCUGGCACGCCAGAUGAAGGAGCUCCAGGCUGCCAAUGAGAACAAGCAGCAGGAGCUGGAGAGCGUGAGGAAGAAGCUGGAGGAAGCAGCGUCUCGUGCUGCAGAAGAAGAAAAGAAGCGCUUGCAGACUCAGGUGGAGCUACAGACCAGGUUCAGCACAGAGCUGGAGCGGGAGAAGCUGAUCAGACAGCAGAUGGAAGAACAGGUUGCCCAGAAGUCCUCUGAACUGGAGCAGUAUCUGCAGCGAGUGCGGGAGCUGGAAGACAUGUACCUCAAGCUGCAGGAGGCUCUCGAGGAUGAGAGACAGGCCCGGCAGGAUGAAGAGAUGGUGCGGAGGCUUCAGGCCAGGUUGUUGGAAGAAGAGUCUUCUAAGAGGGCAGAGCUGGAAAAGUGGCAUCUGGCACAGCAGCAGGCCAUUCAGAUGACCGAGGCUGAGAAGCAGGAGCUGGAGCAGCAGCGCAUCAUGAAGGAGCAGGCUCUGCAGGAGGCCAUGGUGCAGCUGGAACAGCUGGAGCGCGAGCGGAAGCAGGCGCUGGAGCAGUAUGAGGGAGUUAAAAAGAAGCUGGAGAUGGCCACUAGUAAGACCAAGAGCUGGAAGGACAAAGUGGCUCAUCAUGAGGGGCUGAUACGGCUGAUCGAGCCAGGUUCAAAGAACCCUCACCUGAUCACCAACUGGGGACCUGCAGCUUUCACCCAGGCAGAGCUGGAGGAGAGAGAGAAGAGCUGGAAAGAGAAGAAGACCACGGAGUGACUGCACACAGAGCUCACCUCAGUCACAGGCAGGGUGGUUUUACGCCAAGGACAGAGGAACUGGCUUUGCUGCUUCGAAUUCUUCCAUCUGGGCCUCCAGUGGCUCCAAGUGCUAAAGAGACCUUACUUACCUUCCUGAAAACAAGGACUUACCUGAGAAGGAAAAAAGUCCAUUUUGCAAGCUCUUUGUUUACUUUUGCUUCUGAAAAUUUCACUUAGCUCAGUCUGUCUCCCAGGCGAGGAGUGCAGAGGUGUGGCUGGCUCGGCGCCACAUGUAGCCCUGGUGGCUUGCUGGGUCUCAGUACCCUCUUUGGAAUGCCAGCUGUUUCCUCCUCCUGGUGGCUUUCUGCUUGCCCUUCUGUACUGGAUGACCUGGCAGGCCUUCAUUGUUGGUGCUCUGAUGGACAAAUUUCCUGUGUGCCCUGGUAGGUGGGAUCUCAUUCUUUCCCUGACCCUCAUGCACUUGGCAUACCUUAUUCCUAUUUCCUUUCACCUCAUCUCAAAGCAAAACAUACCCUGGCCCUGUCUCAGCCUAACUCUCUGCAUUGUUCACUAUUUUUCCCCACUAGCAAAAUGAUGUGCGUCCAUGUGUGAGAGGGUUAUGUGGGCUAGUAGAGAGGCCAACUGGAAUAAACUGCUUGGUUUGUAGGAAAGCUGUGUGGGCACAGACAGUGCAGGGCUGAUCAGACAGUGUCACAGGAAGGCCAGCCAUUACCUUAGCUAGGCUAUAGCUUUCAUUGGUUCUCAACCCCUCUUUGGAUGAAGAAUCAUCUGUUUCCUCCUCUGAUUGUCUGGCCUGCUUCUCCCUUUAUCCCUGGGUGACACUGAGGAAAAGCCCAAGAAAAGUAAGUGUAGCAGGGAAAUUGGGGUCAUUGACUAUGUGUUUCUCGUUUGAAAAGGGUAUUAUAAGGGUAUUGAAGGUUUUCAUCUAUAAUCUGGCUUUGGAUUGAGAACAAUACUUCUGAAAUUAAGCCUUCCCACACUAGUUAUUAUUUAUAAGUAGCAGUAACUCCAGAGAGCCAGGCUGCUAAAAAUUGUGGAGAAAUAUGAAGAUUCAUAGUUGUUAGAGAGUAAGUCUACCAAUCAUGAGCAUGGGAGGCUGAGCACGAGUCAGCGUUCAGUAGCAGAGAACAGGAACCAGAAACCACGUGUAUUCCCUCCAGCGCUUCCUCAGAGCAGAGAGUAAGCUGUUCCAGAGGGUGUCUGCAGUUCUAGAGAUUUUAGUGUGUUUAUUUACGUGAUGGGAAACUGGACUUAAUUCCAUAAAUCUACCUUCUACGACUAGAAAAUAUUUGCCUUAAGAUUAUUGACUGUUUAUUAAAAAUGUAAUUUUAUUUAAUGAUUUUAGUUGCCUUUCUAAAGUUUAGAUUUUUAUCUAAAGUAUCUUGGUAUCAUGAAUCUUCCAAAUUUAACAGUUAAUUUGGGUGCUGGUUUCUGCGUGGUCACUUACUGGUCUUAUUCUUGCAUUUAGUGGCUGCAGGUUUAUGAGGCCAAGGAGAGCCUUUGGGGUGGCUUGAUUAUGUCUCACAGGGGACUCCAGUGUACCUCGAAGAAUGAGGGAAAGAAACUGUACCAAGAAGCCAGUGGAGUCUCCAAGGUAGAUGCAGUGUGGGAGUCUAGUAGCCCACCAGAGGGUACAGUGGUGGUGGGGCAUGCCACUUCCUGCUCUGCAGAUGACCCUCCUUAAACCUGGCUUUUCCACAACUACAGCCAGGACAUGACCAGGGCUCCCAUGGACCUCACUGUCUGGCCUGGGUUGUCAGCCUAAAUACUGCCUGCUUUCUGGUCACAUAGCAGUGUGUGCCGCCCUGCAGGUGUCGGCGCACGUUCUAGCUUUACUGACUGACUGUGGCCAGGAGGCAGAAGUCCAUUUAAACAGUGACCAUAGGGACACAGCAUAGAAAUGAACUGUGCAAAUCCAUUUGGGAUGAUACUUGGAUAUGAAUUGAAUUCCUCCUGAUAUUUAAAUGGUUUCUACUGUCAAAAGUGCCUAUAGACCCUUCAUUACUUUUGUAAUUACUGUACAGACAAUUUCAGGAGCAUUUGAAUGUUUGUUAUAAUCAACCCUUUUCUAUAACUACAGAUAAGAUUAUCUACAGGAAUUAGGAAUGAAAAAGUUUUAGAAAUUGUUUUUGUGAUCUGUUAUGUUGAGAGGGAACCAGAUAUUUAUAAUUUUCAAGCAUUCUUACCUGAACAUUAUACAAUGUAAUAUGACCAAUUUUCUUAAAUUUUGCUAAUUUUUUAAAGAUAUAUUAAAAAUGUUUUCUAUGUUU